AUCGGCACGAACCAUUGAGUGACAAGUAUCGAUGACAUCGAGUCAGGUCGGACACGAAUGUGCAUGAGCUUCACUGUCAAACCACCACAUCGCCCACACCCCGAUCAUUCAAACCGUCCAUCUGCCAGCCCUUCUCACCCGGGGCACCCCCACAUCUACAUUCGUAGCUGGGGCUGCGUGUGGCCACACACAGAGAGGGAAGGCACGAAAAACCCCACGCACACGCACCAGAUCGACCAGCUAGCCUGCCUCUAUCUGUAUGAAGUGACAAUGUCCUUCAAGUUGUCGACAGUGAUGGUCUUGGGUUUGGCCUCGGCCCAUAUGCGCGGCUCCGACACGCGCAGCCUCUCCGCGGCCGUCUCGGUGUCGUGUGUGGACGCCUCCCACGCUAUCGCCUCGCCCACCUGCCGCAUCUCGGUCCAGACCUUCUUGGCGUCGCCCACCUGGAUCUGAGGCACCACACUGCACUCACACACACACGCACACACACACACACACACAGACGAGGGAUGGGUGAGGGAUGAUGGGUGUCGCUGCCUGGCCUGCUUACUCACGUGGUGAGUUUGUUGAGGAAGGCGUCUUCGGUGUAUGUCUCGUCGUCAUACACGAUCAUCAUGGAGUCGGCGAAGCUCUUGUCGCGGCCAUCACCUCCCGUUGUGCCCACCUCGGGAGUCAACUCCUCCUGCACACAACACACACACACACACACCCACACCCAGCACGAUGCUUGCUGCUUGCAGGCAGCUCUUUCCUCUCCCUGCUCAUUGUGUGGCGCAGCGCACCUCCUUGACUUCUUCUUUUCGCUCCUGCUGUUUGAAGGACGUCUGCAUCUCCUUGAACUUGGUGGGGAGCUUCGUCUUCUGCCGCCCAAUGGCCGCCCCGCCGCCUAUCGACAUGGAUGGCUGGGAUGUCUGCACGCACAUGGGGAACAGAAAUAUACAUGUACCACCUACCCAUGUGUAAACGGCGUGCGUGUAUGCUGCGGUGUGGUACUUACCAUCUCCCAUUUGAGGUAGAGUGUGGUGGCGAGCUCGGGCUCCUCCACCUUCUCGCCUCGCUUGAUGGCUGGAUCAAUGUUGAUCAGACAGACAGACAGACAGACAGAGAGACAGACAGAGGGUCAGCCACACAUUUUGCCGUUCCUUCCCUCCCUCCCCAUCACACCCCAUCGAUGCAUGCCCACUGAUUGCUUACCGAUUUCUUCCUGUAUUCGUUUGAGGUUCUCCUUGGCCCUCUCGUUCUGCUGGCUGACGACCACCUGCUUCCUCUGGCGCUUGGUCAUCAUCUUCCACUGCGACAGCUCCUCAUAACGAGACAAGUCUGCACACACAGACAUGGGCGAAGAUGUGGGUGGUUGCAUGCUCAUUCAUUGUGUGGGUACGCGUCACGCUCACACGCACCUCUUGGUGGUGGGGGCUGUGCGCCCUCCUGCAUCCACUCGUCAUACAUUUCCUGGAUGCGGCCGAUCAGUGCCGUCCGCCGGUAGGGCGCCUCAAACAGCGACUCUGCCAUUCAUGACACACACCCACACGCAGAUGGACGAGGGAAGAUGCUUCAUCGCCUCUCUAAUGCCCUCCUGUUUCUUGGCUUACCGAUGUUGUCUCGUGUUGGCCUCUCGUAGCUCGGGUCGGUGCUCAUGAGCAGUGCCUCGUACAUGGCCUCGUCAGCCGACAAAGGACGCUCAGCUAUGCUAAACGCCUGAAUGAGCCAACCACACACAUACACGGAGGAACGUAGGCAUGUGGCCGCCCUCUUGCAAUCGAUGAUACGCCGCGAAUGAGAGUACCUCUCUGUUUGGGACAGUGUCAGGCUGGUCGAUCCCUUCGUAUAUGGCCUGUGGGAUGGUCGGCAGGUCGUCGAGGAUCCUGUAACGCUCCCACAUUGACGGAUCCCGAAACUCAUCCAACUACACACACAACACACACAACACACACAAUAUGAGCGCAUGCACGGUCUCUUUUGCACCCUCCCGCCGCCUGCUCACCGUGCCGCCGACUUGCUGCCUAUCCAGCGCCAUCGUCCGGAUUUGUUUAAACUUCUGGUGGGCGAUGCGCUCGAGCUUGUCGGCCUGCUUCUCCUCCCACACCUGAUCGAUCACGUCGUAUCGGUACGACGGCUGCAGCUCAUCUGCCUCCCCCUUGCUGCUCAAGGCCAUCCGCAGCCGACGCGCCACCGCAGCUGACUCGAGGCAGUCCUGCUCCUCGGCGAUGGACUCGAUCUUGCCGAUCAGACUCUCAACCUCACUAUCGCCCGCCAGGCGUUCAAGGGCUGACGAGCUGCCCUUGGGGUCACGCAAGGCAGCCAAAAGCUCUUGCAUCUUAGCUGCGUGGUCAGCACAUACACAGGGAUGGGCAGUGGAAGAGUGGUCGAGUCUCUGGGUGCCUGUGGGUCUGUACCGUCGUUGAGUAUGUCCAUUGUGUCGUCGACGGGCAGGACAGUGUACUCUGGCGGCGCAUCAUAGUACAGCUGGGGGGAGGGGUGGUACCAGGUGGGCGUCCUGUUGAUGUCAGACGGCGCCUUCUGAAACACACACACACACGACCACACUCAGAAAGAUGCGGCCGAUGAUCCGAUGAUGCAUCAUCUCCCACUGAUCUACAUGCAUCUGCAUGUGCUGCGCUGCCUGCUUGCCCCACCCACCUUCCUUGGUCUGAAUUUGUUCUGCUUCUUGGCGCCCUUGAGCUGCACUCGUGACGACAUCAUGACUGUCGAUGGAGGGCGGCCGGCAUCUGCCCUCCUCCUCAGCGCAAGCGAGCGAUCAAGGGCAAGACGGGUUGGGGAAAGCAGAAAGGCCGCCGAAGGCGCGACGAAUGACGCGAGCGUCACCAGCGCCGCCGCCAUCGCCUGGAUGGGCAUCUUCUCACAGAUGGAGAGGGGCGGACGCCGCAGCGCUGUCACAGCCCGUCUGUGCUUCUGUUUUACCUCUUCUUUUCCU